ACAUCCUUCCAGACAUCAAAUUUAUCGGCGCUAUCCUAAUUUAAAGUAUUUUUUUAAUUUUUCAUAAAUUAAAUUGGACUAGAUCGCCUGAGUAUAAUAUAAAGCUUUUGGAUUUGAUGGAUACGAUCGCCACGUUGAAUAGUCUGCGAGAAUGGAGCGAGAAGGUGGACAUGCUGCUUGCUGUAGCAAUGCGAUCGAGCACAAGGCGUAUGCGAGGGUGGGUCUGCUGGGAAACCCUAGUGAUGUUUACUUCGGCAACACCAUCUCUUUCAGCCUCGCCAACUUCUGGGCCUCCGCCAAGUUGCUGCCUUCCGAUGAUCUCGUCAUCAUUCCUCAUCCAACUCAUGAUCUCGUCCACUUCAGAUCUAUCGAUCACUUGGUGAACAGAUUAAACAGCGAGGGCUUUUAUGGAGGUGUACGAUUGCUUAUGGCAAUUUGUAAAGUGUUCUAUAACUAUUGUAAAGACAACAACAUAGAUCUCAAUGGAGGAAAUUUUACUUUGUCAUAUGACACUAAUAUCCCUCGCCAGGCAGGACUUUCAGGCUCUAGUGCAAUUGUAUGUGCUACUUUAAAUUGCUUACUUGAUUUCUACAAAGUCAGGCAUCUAAUUAAGGUGGAGGUGAGGCCUAGCCUUAUCCUCACUGCAGAGAAUGAGCUUGGAAUAAUUGCUGGUCUCCAGGAUCGGGUUGCUCAAGUUUAUGAGGGCCUAGUUUACAUGGACUUUAGUAAGGAAAACAUGAAUAAUCUGGGGCAUGGAAUUUACACACCCAUGGAUACAAGUCUUCUCCCACCUUUGUAUCUCAUCCAUGCUGAGAACCCUAGUGAUUCAGGGAAGGUUCACAGUAAAGUACGGCAGAGAUGGCUUGAAGGUGAUGAGUUCAUCAUAUCUUCAAUGCUGGAAGUUGCAAAUAUAGCAAAAGAAGGAAAAACAGCAUUAGAAAAUAAAGACUAUUCUAAACUUGCAGCCCUCAUGAAUCGAAAUUUUGACAUUCGAAGAUCAAUGUUUGGAGAUGAUGCCCUUGGUGCUUUGAAUAUAAAAAUGGUGGAGGUUGCAAGAAAGGUUGGAGCUGCUUCUAAAUUUACGGGUAGCGGGGGAGCCGUGGUUGCAUUUUGUCCUGAUGGUGUUUCUCAAGCACAGCUUCUUGAGGAAGAAUGUCGAAAGGCUGGAUUCGUAUUACAACCUGUACAGCUUGUCCCCUCUCGUCUUAAUGAACUUGAAGGUUAUGCAGCUCACAACAACAAUUGAUCAAAACCAAUUGUCAGUUAUGUGGCAUUUAUCAGGAUUUGGAUGAAAAUGAAAAAGGCGAUCGAAUCUCAGUUGCUUUAUUGA